AUGCAAAACGCAUGGAGCAGGGUCCAGGCCCAACGGUGGGGACCCGCCACCCCUACGGCACACCCUGAAAAGCAUAGUAACAAAUGGCCGAGUGCGGGUGCCGUGGUAAACCGGAGCCGCGUUCCAAGCUGUAUCGCCUGUGCGGAUGAUAAUCGCUACAUUCGUACGACCAACUGGGGUUUCCAGGUUAAAUCAUCACAUGUAGCAGCUGCCUGGACGAAGCUUCAUUUAGAGACGGGAGUCAUCGAUCGUGUUACUGAGGACAACGACGACGGAUGGGCAGACACGGUCGGCAUCUUUCGGCAGCCAGGGGGCAGAGAUCCAAUCCACAUCGCUAAGGAGUUCCUCGAGAGUGUACGCGAACAUAUUGAGCCUCAGAUCAAAUUAGCCUGCAAAUACGCCUCUCUUACAGUACUUCCUUUAUUCUUUGUGUUCAUCGUUCCGGCAACCUGGUCAGAAGUUGCUGUGGAGAAGACCAGAGAAGCGGCCUACCUGGCAAACUUUUCACGAAAGCAGAGGGGGAAAGAUCUUCUCUUUGUCACUGAACCAGAAGCAGCUCUCACACCUCUUCUAGCGAAUGGGAAUAUUCAGACUGAAGUAUGUCCCCAAUGGUGCUAUGUAAUCCCCGUCUUUGAAGGAUGUGGGUACUUUCGAGAUUCACCGGAGAGGAGAGAUUGGGGCCUACCGGAAGAUAGGCGCGUUCACAGUGACAUGAUUCCAGACAUCGAAGACCUGAAAUUGACAGACACCUCCCCUGCGAGCGAAAUGAUGCAACAUUUCGAGAAGGCCAAGUGUGACUUCACUGGGGAUACCUCUUCGGGACCUACAUAUCUUCCGAUGGAUGUUGUUGCUGAAGGUGCCGCACUUUGGGCAUACAAUCGUCUUCGUUCGAGGAUAGCUUUGCAUCAUCAUUAUGGCCUAGAAUCCUCUGGGACUGAGAAUGAUGCCAUGUUCUGGUUAUUUAGGAAAGUGCCAGAAGUAUCGGCCGGUUAUUUUGCGACUUCACAAAAAUCCUGCAAUCCGAAAGCGCAAGACACGGCCAGACUAUCAGUGUGCAAGUGCUCUUCACCAUUGAGCGAGACGGGAUACAUCUCAAAGCAGAAGACCUUGGCCAUACUUUCGGAGAAGCACGUGUUCACUAUUACUCCUGACAGAUUUCGUGUUGGGGGGAUAAAAAAAAAGAAAGAGGAACAAGGAAAAAAGAAAACAAAAAAGGGAAUGGAGCCCCUCCUUGGUAUUCUAGAUAGAGGUUUCUGGAAUUCUAUGUUGUAA